AUAAAUCUAUUAUUGCGAAAUAGUCUGGGAGUGCUGUACACCCCGCCCUCACAUUUUAAAAAGAAAGUCAGGGUAGGCUUAGCCAUUUGGGGAGAUUCAGGCAGGGUUUUCCCAUCCUGUUCAUGGUCUGCAACGAAUUACCUAUGAACUUUUGGCGUGCGUAAAAUCGCCGUGUUGGGCUAACAUGACCUUUAGGUAUCCUUGUUUCUGAAGGUUUUUUUUUCUCCCGUAAACCAUACGCUUUUGAUAAACGCGUAUUUCUGUUAAGGAGACAAUACAGAUAAAGUAUUACGCUAGAUUGGUACAUUCUUCGGUUCAACAAUGUUCAGAAGCGCGCGUCUGACGUUCUGUCUUAUUAUUCUCGUGCAUUACUCACUCCAAGAAACUCCCAAGAAAAAGAAUGGCAAGAAAGAUGGUGGAAACGCGGCCGCUAUCGAGGAACUAAAGAAACAGAUAGAAAACAUUGUACAGGAGCUGAACCUACUGAAAGAGCAACAAGCUCUGCAAACAGUCUGUCUGAAAGGAACCAAGAUCCAUGGCAAGUGCUACCUGGCUGAUGACACAAAGAAACGCUACCAUGCUGCGAGCGAAGACUGCAUUGCCAAGGGGGGCACCCUGAGUACCCCACUGACCGGGGACGAGAAUGACCAGCUGUACGAGUAUGUGCGCCGGAGCGUGGGGCCCGAGGAGCAGGUGUGGCUGGGCAUUAAUGACAUCCUGACCGAGGGGAGCUGGCUGGAUCAGGCCAGUGCCACUGUGCGCUACAAGAACUGGGAAACGGAGAUUACCCACCAGCCUGACGGAGAGCGCAACCAGAACUGUGCUGUGCUGUCCACCACCGCCAACGGGAAGUGGUUUGAUGAGAGCUGCCGCGCUGAGAAAGCUUCUGUUUGCGAAUUCAACAUCGUCUAAGAGCCAGAGUUCUUUGAUUUGUCGCCCGGUGGCAAAAUAUGGCCUGCCAUACAUCUACAUACGCGUACAUGCAUGCCAUACAGGCACUUUGAUUACCAAAAGAAUUACUAUCAGAAGUAUAAAAUAAAUAUGGCCUGCCAUACAUCUACAUACGUGUACAUGCAUGCCAUACAGGCACUUUGAUUACCAAAAGAAUUACUAUUCAGAUGUAUCAAAUAAUUGUGACUUCAGAAUAAGAAGUAAUUGCUACAAAUAUUUUGUUUAGAAAGGACUGUAAAGGAAGUUCAAUGCAACUUAUUCAUAUGUAUAUAAAUAGUUAAUAGGACAUCUCUGGACCCUGUGCACAGUUUUUUAAAGGAGAGGAGAUAGUCUGCCGUCCUUAGGCAUUUUCCACUUUAUUCAGACAGGGGACAAGCGAAGAGGGAUCACCAUACAGAAAGUGCCAUAGUAGGUAAUGUAACCACUGACCACACAGGAGUUGCAUGUGAGUUGAGAGUUGGCUGCCCUACAGACUGCCACAUCUCACCAGUGCACACCAUUUUUAAAAAGAUUAUCACAUAUGAGAUUUAAGAAUCGGAAGAACUAAAGAAUCCUGCUUUAGAUUUUAAUCCAUAUAUACUGUAGAACACGUGUUUUACAUCUAUUUUAUCGUUAUAUAAUUUAGUUCUUUAAUUUAGUAUUAUAUCAUAGUAACUAUAGUUUAUUUUAUAGGGCUGGCCAAAAAUAGAUAGGCCUAAACUUUCCAUGGUUUCUAAUUUCUACAGGGCUACACAGGGAUCUGCUAAAUGUAAAAAGUUUUAUUUAUGCUGAUCUUCAGUUUAUGUUUUUGUUCCAGUGUGACUGCAGUUUAAAACAUUGUGUUUCAUAAGAAUGGCUAUGAAAGGUAAAUUGAACUUUCUAGUAUUAAGUACUCACCAUCUAUCACUAAUCUGAGUUAGUUUAGGUUAAUAAUAGACAUCCUGUUUAGUUUUGGUCAGUAAUAGACAUGCUGUGUCAACCAUAUUACAAGAUUUAACAAAGCAACAAAUGAGCUGAUUCAUUUGAAAAGUAUGGAACAAUACAGCUAAAGAUUUAAAGGUGAACAUCACUACUUUCUUAUUUUAAAGAACAAUUCCAGCUUAUUUAUGUAGGCUCAAGUUAGAUGCUGGUGAGUACAGUGCUUACACUCUAUAUGCAUUUAGAUUUUCUACAGUAUAUUUUGUGGUCAUUCAUUUUACACUUUCAUAUUGACAUUAAUGUGGAAUAUUUCAGAUUUCAUUAUUAGUUACAUUUGAGAAAAAAUAUCUCCCUGAUGUUAGACUAGAAAAAUAUUCAUUUCUUAAAUAAUUAAAACCUUUAAACUGCUCAACAGCCUUUCAUUUUAUUAUUAUUGUGUGGAUAAUAGCACACAGAUUUUAUGUCCUAUUGGAAUGCUACUACUGGGGGGUUUGGUGUUCAUCUACUUCUUACAUUUAUGUGACAGCUUAUUAAAAAAAUUUAGUUUUAUUUUCCAAAUAUUGCUGAUGUGUUAUUGGAUCUCAAAAGUAAACAGCCUUGAUCAACUGUAACUGGAAUUCUUAAUAUAUGAGCACCCCUAUUAUGUGCUUUUUGUGAUAAAAACAUUACCUGAUAUUUAAGCUAAAUGAUAAAAGAUCAAAAGUUAGCUCUUCAUCUGACUGAAAGCUCUUCCCAACUUGCCCCCAUGUGCAGCAAAAUUUUCAGGCCAAAAGUUCAGGCCAAGAAAGUUCAUAAGGCACAUUUGUAGCAAUCUUGGCAAAGGUUGACACGAUUACAAGUAAAUUACACGAUCUUUCAUUAACUUUACCUUUCUGCUAAUCAUAGAAUGGGUCAAUUGGUCAAUCUAGCGAUGUCGUUGUUGAAUUUGACCACUACUAAACCUUAGUUUACAUACAGUGUAUUUAAACUCAAGCCAUUUAUUUAUUUUAAAGUAAAAUGAUGUUUAUUUAUUCUAGCCAACAAAAAUCACAAAGGUUAAUCCUGUUUCCACACAUGCCAAAAUUUAAAACACAUUCUUUUUUUCAUAAGAUUUUUAUAUAAAAAUACACUAAUGUCCAGUAAAACAUGUAUUAAAAUUACAUUACAUAAAUAUUUCACAGCAAUAAAACACAGAAAAGCUAACUUUCCUCAUUGUGAGCAUACUGAACUUGGUUCCGUUGUGUUUGCAUCAAAGGGGUGAAAUGCAGACAUUUCCUACAUACCAUGAGCUUCGGUCAAAGGGGUGACCUUUGCUUGCUUUUGUGAUUUCAUAUGUCAAGACAGGGUGGAUUUCAAAUGGGAUAUAGUAGUUAGCCAGAUACAUUUCAGAACUUAUUUUAUAGAAAGAAAUAUGAUUGGAUAAAAGCCUAGGUAACUUCAAAAUAUUUCACAAAGUCAGCCAGCUAACUCCUUAACCUGCUUGUGAAAUACCCCCAUAUGAUAA